CGUAACAAAUGCUACAAGAUGAGAACUAUUAGUGUACAGCAACCUAUAAAUUUGAAAGUGGUGAAAAUCGAAUUGGACUUUACACCCUUCGAUCCGGAGCCACAGAAAAAGGAGAAGCCGAAGGAAAUAAUUGUACCCAAGAUCAAUUAUAGCAGAAGACCUUCUGUGGUGCCUCCUCCUCCACCAAUCACAAAUUACUCGCAACAGAAACGGGACGUAAGAGAGUUGGUUCAAGACCUGCUGGAUGACUUGUAUGCGGACCAGCGGGACUGGGGUACCAGCAGUGCUAUCGACUACAGCCACGCAUCAACAUCAGCCGCAUCUCUAGCGUCCUCGCAGUCGAUUUGCAACGACCACGACGACUCAUUCGAGCGAAGUUACUUGGAAGGAUUAGACGCUGAAGACCUCCAAAAGCAGGCUAUCGAGUGGGAAGUGAGACUGCGAGUGGCCGGCGAGCGUCUGGCGCGCGGCGUGCGAGUGCGGGACCGGCUUCGACGACAACAGAAGAGGCUAUGCGCCGCCUUCACCGUGCUGCUGCGGCAUAUCACGGGCGAGACUGGCGCCCGGUUCGGCUUGACGCCGUCCGGCAGCGAAGGCCCGGGCGAGGGCGGCUACGCGGAAUGGCUGCACGCCAUGCGGCUAGUCGCGCGGCUGCCCGCCGGCGUGCCGACGCAUUUCCGCAAGAAGCUAUGGAUAACCCUGGCAGACCGGCACCUGACCGCGCGAGACAUAGACUGGCCAGUGGCGGAGCGCGCGUGCUUCCGCGGCACAGCGCAGCCCGAUGACACGGAGCUCGGGGCGCAGAUCAUCAAGGAUUUGCACCGGACGGGUUGCUCGCUUUUCUGCGGAACGGAAGGCCGGGAGAACCAAGCUAUGCUACGCCGAGUUCUGUUGGCCUACGCAAGAUGGAACAAAGACGUCGGCUACUGCCAAGGUUUCAAUAUGUUAGCAGCAAUCAUUUUAGAAGUUAUGGACAAAUCGGAGUCCGAGUCGUUGAAGGUAAUGAUAUACUUAGUGGAAGCAGUGCUUCCCGAGGGCUAUUUCGCAGACGACCUCCGAGGCCUGUCGGCCGACAUGGCAGCCUUCAGAGACUUGCUGAGGUUGCGUUUGCCUCGGCUCGCUAACCACAUGGACCACUUGCAAAGGAUAUCUGACGGUGGAGGAGUAGAACCCCCAUUGCCUGAUGUCUUCACAAUGCAAUGGUUUCUUACCCUGUAUGCCACGUGGCUACCUCGAGAAUCCCUCUUGAGAAUUUGGGACCUCAUUUUAUUAGAUGGAAAUGAAAUCCUGCUGCUCACUGCCCUGGCUAUUUGGGAUAUGCUUCAGGACCGCAUCCUGUCAGCCCGUUCCGCGGACGAGUUCUACAGCUGCAUGGGUGGCGGCGCCGGUGCCGUGUGGGAGGCUGGCGAGGCUCUGGUGGCAAGGGUGGUGGCCUUCGGCUCCGUUCCCGAGCUCCCGAGGCUACGCAGUCUGCAUAGAUACAGGGUUACACCGCCCGCCCCGCCGGCUGCUCCGGUGCAACCGCCUUUACAUUCGGCGAUGCAGUCGAUGACGAAGAGAGGGCUGCGCCUGUUUUAUUCAGAAGACGAGGGCGACUCAAGCGAUGACGGGAAUAAAAUGGCGCUAGCAACGGUUAUUCCAAGACGAGACGACCGUUUGGGUGCUGGCGAUAGACUGUCAUUGGAUAUCGGUGCUCUGAAAAGGCAGUACGCGAGGUUGAGGGAGCGGCAGCGACAAGCGCAUGUCAUCCUAGCAGCGGCUUGCGCCAGACAUGCCGCAGUGGGAGUGCCGACUUCCCCAACGUCGCUUACAGUCAAUAAUCUUCUAUUGGGAAAAAGUGCAAUUGUAAGCUCGCGGGGCAGGAGACUCGGGCCGCCGCCCGGCGCUGUGCCCCCCUCGCGACAAGCGCUCGCCUCGAGGGAAAAGUCACCCCCACGAGCCCGCUCUAACGACACCAUUAGUUGGAACGAAGAAAAAAGUCGUAAAUCACUUAGCCGGCGAAAUUCUGUCAAAUGGAAAGAUAUUAAGAAAGAUAAGACUGUAGAAAAAGGUAGAAAGGCAUCUAUUGAUUUCGAUGAGGCUGGUGAUGGAAUCAUAGUUUCGGAACGCGAAGCAGAUGAAAUGAUUGCUUCAUUGAGAUCGCGCAGCUCUAGUGAAAGUUCGUCAUAUUCUUCACACUCGGGAUCCAGUACUGACACUAGCCUGUGCGAUGACAACGAACGUGGUAGUGACUCGGAACCGGAAAUACAAGACGACAAUAAAGUAAAAGUCAAAUCUAGUUCAAAAGAACCAAAAAAAACAUCGUCAUCGCUUUCAAAAGAUACAGUUUUAUCUCACUCGCCUAGUUUAAAAGAAUCUAAGCUAUCUCCUAGUUGUUUUUCGAAAGAUACAUACGUUCGAUCUCCGAGUAUUAAGGAAACACAAAUUUCUCCUUGUACUCUUAAAAAAGACACAUCGUUCCAUCUUACGGAAUCAAAACCUUCGCCAUGUAAAUUUACUAAAGAUACAGAAUACCUUCACUCACCUAUUUCAAAAGAAUCUAGAAUUUCUCCUGUUAGCACUGCAAAAGACAACAAAAAUAUCCUCCCAACCAAAAUAAAAGACUCUAAAACUACACCAUCAAAAGAACAAAAUCAAAUAAUGCCAUCAGAAAUGACUGUAAUUGAUUACCUACAUUCUGCAGCAGGUGAACCAUUAAGAAAUUAUAUCGAUGGUUUCGACAGCAAGCGAAGUGACAAUUUGUUAGGUUGCACUGAAUUGGACAAUUAUAAAAUAUUAAGUCCUUACAAAAGUAAAUCUCCAUAUUCAGACCACGGUUCUGAGAAAGGGGAAGUUCUAAUGAGACUGAAGUCUGAAGAAUACACCAGAAGCACUGAAUCAAUUCGAUCAUCAAAGCCACCCAAGAAUCUGACUGACCUCAGUCCUAUCGAUUUGUCUCCAUGUAAUUUUGAAACAGGCUUUAAGUCUCCCUAUACAUACGAUUAUGAAAGUAAUUUUAAGAGACCUUCUACUUCUAAAUUAGAUAUAAGUGCUAGGCCACCAGAUAUUAUUGAUAGUCUGACAAUGUAUCCAAAUUUUGUGCCUGAUAUAGAUUUAUCUGAUAAAAAUGUUUCUGACAUCGAUAGCCCACCGAGAAGCCCCGGUGCUGAGAGUAUCGUAGUGAGCGAAGAUGAGCCACCCAUACCACUGAGAAUUGAUAAAUACUUUGAGCACAGUCCUGAGUUUUUUGGAGCCCGUGUUACAGAUCCUAAUAAUUCUGAAAUACCUAAUAGGAGGGCUGCUAAGAGGUUAUCACGGGUACCAAAGAAACCUGACUCCUUGACACUAAAGAGUAACCAUAAUGAUGCAAUUCUGCAGAGUGAAGUAGAAAGAGCGUCAUCGCUGCCGCAAAGUCAUAGUUUUUCAAAGAAAACCAGUAUCAGCCCGGAUAUUAAUAAUCAGCACAAAAUGAACACUAGUGAAAUUUCAUAUGAAGAACAUAGUAAAAUACAAAAUAUAAAACAAUACAGCGUAGAAAAAACUCCUGAAGCUAAAACAUUCUCCCCCAAAGACUAUGUUCUUAGAUCUGGUCGCAAAAAUAGCGAAAGAGCUCUGCAAAUCAUUCAAGAAAAUUCGAAAAUACUAAGCAGAAUUCUAACGAAACAAAAUAUGUCUGAUAUUACAACUAAAACACAUGAAACAAAAAGUUCGGAAAACCUGGUUGAUGCUAUUAAACCCGCUGGAUCUGACGUUGGUACCGUAGAACCAAAUUUUACUGAUUGCUCCUUCCUAAAGGAAUCUACGUCGGAUUCUUUGAUUGUUCAUAGGAAAAAAAACGUUGACAGUGAAGCAAACGAAAAAAAUGAUUUCGUAAGGAUUAGACCAAUAUCCAUAGAUGAUCCAUUUUCAUUAGAAAUACGAGAGGGUAUUGCACGUAAUCCAGAAUUUAGCAUCAUGAAAUGUAUGAAAUCGCCUAGCAGUGAAUGUCUAGGCAAUAAAACUGAUCAUUACGGUUGGGAAAACAAAGGCUUCCUGGCGAAAUGCGAUUUUAAAAAUCUUUUAAACAAGCCAGAAAAAUAUGAAUUCGAUUACACAAAUACUAUGAAGACUCCGGAUCAAACAGCACGUCUUGUCGUUUCAAGCAAUGAACCUAAACGUUCUUCGAUUUCCGAAUGGGCUCAAAAUUCCGGCCCCGGAGAGUCAAAAGCCUCUGUAACUUUACCGUCAUCAUCAGAAAUAAAAGAUACAUCAACGUACGAACGUCGAUUUAUGUCUGAUGACUACAACUAUCCGCUUUCUACCAAAUACAACGACUUUGUUUUAUCUAAAGCCAGCGAUAUUUGUAGCAAGACGGUAGGCCAAGGCCCGAAAAUUUGCGAUAGUUUAAUAAAGACUGACAACAGCCAAGUAAGUGAGUUCGCUAACGUAGUAACUUCCUCUAUUAGCUUCACCUAUGAACCUUAUUCAGCUGAUGAUGAUUCCCCGUGUGGUGCAAAAAGUAACUCGAGUGAUACAUUGUGUCAAAUUGCUUCACUGGAUCAAGUAUCUACUCCUAUUUCACCAAAAAUCUUUCCAAAUAGGGAAACCCCUACAAAUCCCAAAGAAUACUUGGAGAAGAGUGAUAAAUUCAAAUUGGAAUCGGAUGACACUUGCAGUGCUAUAACGUCUCUGAUCGAGACUGACACUUUGUCUUCGUUGUCCUACCCAAGGAGUCCGUCUACUGGCUCGUAUCACCCGUUCCCCACUCGUCCAGCAAUGCGAUUGCCCAAAGAGCUCGGAGUUCGACUGGGCAUGUAUCCUAAGGAUACUGUUAACUCACCCCCAAAAUAGUUAUAGACAAAAUAGCGUUAAAUGAUUAAUAGUAACUAUUGUUAAAGAGAAAUGUAUUAUGUCGUUCUAUUGCAUUUUAUUGACUUGUACUGGUAUUUGAGAAUAAUUUUGUGUUUUGAAUGGUUUUCUGUUUUAGAUUAUGUACAAUUUAUAUGUUUGUAAUGCAUUGAUUAGGUAAAUUUAAAUUUUAAACUAUUUUAGAUUUAAUGUUUGAUUUGAUAAUUAAUAGGGAAUACCUACAUAGUUUUACGAAUAAUUUAUUAAAGUUGGAUUAAAAUAAUCCAGACGUUUUCCGAUGACAUCGCGUGAUGUUUUGGAUCGAGCUCCUCAGUCAGACGUAUGCACCUUAGUUAGUACCUAGCUCCUCUGAACUUUUAAGGUCAGGAACUGAUUAUUUGCCGUUAUAAAUAAGAGCACAUGACUACACACACAUUACUAUUGAUAAUAUAAGAAUGGCUUCGCUUGUAUUUACGUAUAAGCGUCAGGAAUCUGUUGUAUAUGAACAUAGGUUGUAGCAGUAAGCCGUUCACCUAUUUGAGCUAGAAACAAAACAAACUCGUUGCCUUGACUCUAUUUUAACGUAACGUAUAGUAAAAUAAUAAUUCUUUGCAAUAUGAAAUAUUUGUAUAAUAAUAAGAUAGAUAGAUUACUUGUUCGAAGUCAAUGGAAUUUUAUGGCAAUUAAAAUUGUUUAUACCGCUAUAGAGUGAGGUCCUGUCAUUGCAGAAUAAGAGAAGUUUUGUUGUUAGAGGGAAAUAUUUAUUCUACAGCAAUAUUGACAAAAUAUACAUAUUAUUAUGCGAC